ACAGAUAGAUAUGAUUAUGAAUAAAGGGAAAAUAAAAAUUACAAGCAAAAAACUCUUGACUGAAGAACUUCGACUUCGAGGGAUCGAUCUAACUAACUACCAAGCUAGCAAAACCCAACCCCACAGAGAGACAUAUUUAUAUAUUACCCUCAUCACAGCCCUCGUCUCUCUCUCACAGAGUCUCGGGGCUAACAGGCUAAUAAGGUCAACAAGAAGAAAAAGUGGCACUCGAUCACUCACUCUCCCUUGUUGAAUCGCCCAUGAUGGCUUGUCUUACCUCUGCUCUGAAUCUUCCUGGUCAAAGAAGAAGGCACCGACCUUCAUUGUAGUGUGAGCCGCCUUCUUCCUGGCUGGCUAUAGGAGAUCUGGCAGAAGAGAAAUCUCAUAGUAGAAAAAGAAAAAGAAGUGAUAAUUUCACAUUUUUCUUGGUCCAGGAUCCCUUUCUUGAGCUGAAGCAAGCAAAAGGUAGGAAGAUUUGACAUAAGAGGGAUUUUUUUUUUUUUUUUGGGAGUGGGGAGGAGAGUACUGAUAGGAUCAGAAUAAGAGAUGGAGUUUGCUGCGUUGGAAAGAGAAGGGCAGCAGCAGUACGAGGAGGAGGAAGAAGAGGAGAUGGUUGCAGAUGUAGCAAAGAACCCAAUGUUCUCGUCUUGCUCGACUUCUUCUUCUUCGCCAUCGCCUUCAUCUAACUAUUCUCAUUACAACAAGGGCCUAAUGCCCCACCCAAACAUAAGUUGGGGGGCGCAGGCGAACGACAGGCAGCAUCAACAACGACGACGACGACAACGGUUGUGGUUGUUGGGGACGUUAGAGUCCAAGGAAGAGGGCACGAGGUGUAACAACAAGGCAGUCCUUGGGGAACAGGAUCCCAGUUUCAGCCCGAGACUCGAUCAGAUGGACUUAUCUUCUCAUCAGACUCAGAGCAGCAACUCGGAUGCAGAUGCCGGAGAUACUGCUGCUGCUGGUAAUGGUGGUAGUAGUAGUAAUGGUGGAAAUGGACCCAGUGGACCCAUGGGUAGUGGUAGCGGUGGCAGCAGCAGCUGCCGCAUCAUCGAGAGAGAACACAUGUUCGAUAAGGUGGUCACACCCAGCGACGUCGGCAAGCUCAACCGCCUCGUAAUACCAAAACAGCACGCGGAAAAGUACUUUCCACUGGACUCCACCACCAACGAGAAGGGCCUUCUCUUGAGCUUCGAGGAUCGCAACGGCAAGCCAUGGCGAUUCCGAUAUUCCUACUGGAACAGCAGCCAGAGCUAUGUGAUGACCAAAGGCUGGAGCCGCUUCGUCAAGGACAAGAGGCUCGAUGCUGGAGAUAUCGUGUCAUUCCAGCGUGGUGUGGGCGACUUGGAGGCCAAGGAACAUUUCUACAUUGACUGGCGGCGACGCCCCGAUGCCCCCGACCCAUCAUCAUCCCUGCUGCCACCGCCUCUAGGUCUACCUCUUCGCCACGAGCUUUCCCUGGGCCCUCCGCCGCCCGUCCCACUCCGAUGGAGCCGAUUGUUCUUGCCCACCCCAAACCCGACCAAUCCCCCAAACCACAUGCAUUUCCAUCCUAAUCAUCAUCAUCUCAAUUAUGACCGUACAACUCACGGUCAUCACCAUCUGCUUCAGUUCCAUCAUCAUAACCCUAUCAAUUCCCCUUUCAAUUACAGUAGAAGUUGUUACAAUUACAGUGGUGGUGGUGGUGGUGGCGGUGGAGGUAGUGGAUCUGCUGAUACUAGUAGGAGCUGGGGGUGUUAUAACCAGAAUUGCAACUAUUACAACUACAAUGUGGUAAACACAGGAGGGACAGGUUCAGGUCCAGGGUCGGGUUUUUACGAGCUGAGAUCGUCAUCAACCCCACAACACGACGUAGGGGUCGGGGUUGGAGUAGUGCAAGAAGGUACGGGUGGGGAUGGGGAUGCCCCGAUGGUUAUCGAGUCGGUGCCGGUGGUCCAUGGGAAGGCUGCAGCUAAGCGCGUUAGGCUGUUCGGUGUGAACCUGGACUGUCCUACUCCUGAGGACGACGACUCAGACUCUGAGGGCGAUAUUUUGUCCUCCACCUCCUCCUACAAUACAAUCCCUUGUACCACAGGAAUGCCUUCUUCUCAUCUCUCCCUUUAUCACCUUCCUUCCGCUUCUUCUCUCCCUUCUCUCCAAUUAAGGGUCUACAGUGGCGCCCCACUACCCACGGCACCAGAUCAGCUUCCACCAAACCAAUCCUUGUCCUUCAAUUUCGAUAUUUGAUCAUUGAGAAACACAGAAAAAGAGAGAGCGUGUACGAGUGUAUGUGACAACAAUUUGGAUCGAGUAUUUCGUAAUAGUUCGUGUAGAUUAAUUAUGAGAGAAUACAAGAGGACGAUGAUACACUUCUUCAACCACACAGUCACAAACCCUCUCUCUCUCUCUUUCUCUCUCCCUCUCCAUUUUUCUUCAACCCGGCCGAAAAGUAUACUCAACUGAAUCUCUCAUCAUUACAUUCCAACUCUCCUGGACACUGAAUAUGAAGAAAGGUUUUGAUGAAAUGGAAGAAUGGUAUUGGCUAUAAUCUGUCUCACCAUGGAAUCUUGAAGUCUUGAGGGAAACUAGCUAGCUGGAGCAAAGAGAGGUGCCACCAUAUCCAUCUUAAGUCCAUCUUUUAAUUGUUUAUAAUACAUUUAUAGAUAGAAUAUUAUCAAUAGAGAUGAUGAUUGCCUUUCAUUUGCAGAGUUUGGAUUGCCAAAAUGGUUCCAUGCCAUGACUCCACUUUAGUGUGGGAAAUUUUCUUAUUAGUUCACCAUCUCUCCCCCCUUUGCCUUUACUGCCAUGGUAUGUUGUUAUUAUUGUUCAGUUGUUCCCACUGGAGCUGCUUCGUUGACAGCUCUCAGGUGGUUCACGGAAAGUUGCAGAACUUUAAAUGGUAGGAUCUAUAUUCCAUCUCUUACUUCCUUUUUGUUUCUCCCUAGACGAAGAUGGCUUUCGUUUCUUUCAUUUCACUUCUUUUCUCUUUUUCCCUCCCCUCUUGAUUAAUAGAUAUUCAGUGUCUCCUCUAAAAACAUCACCUUCCCCAACUGAAUUUAGGAUACACAAAAAAUUCCUUAGAGAUUUGAGGCUUUUAAUAUUUAAUUCAAGUAAAAAAAAUCAACAGGAUGAAGAUAUUUGUUGUUGUUGUAUCAGAUUUUCAUGUAUUUCCUAAUGGAUUUAAACCUGCUUAGUAUGUAGAAAGAAAGUUAAAGUAUUAUAUAUAGCUAAUUAUGCCCAUACAAAUAAUUGAUGAUUUUUUGUCUGCGUAGGGUUUUCAUUUUUUUUUAACUCUCUAAAAGAUCAUUUGUAAAUAAAAAAAAAAAAAAAAAAAGGGAGAGACUGGAAACACCAGAUAAUCCAACAAAACCAGAGGGCUCCCUCCACUUUUGGCAUUGCCAUCAGCAGAGAGCGUUCACUAGCAAAACAAUAAAUCAAAAAUAAUACUCAAAGAAAAUAGAAUCUAGGUCUUCAUUGGGCAUCUAUCCGCAGCUCCCAAGAUAUUAGUAUAUAGAUAAUAAAAUCACAAGAAAGUUAAAACGAUAAGAAAAUAAAACCUGGCAAUGUGUAGAUUGAAUUCACUGCCACCUUACUGCUUUCACUUCACAAUACCACCUCAUCCCCUUUAUUCCUCUAUUGUUUCCUUUGAUGCAACUGAACAUGCACUCCUGUGUAAGACUUUGAAGAAGCAAUGUGUAUAAUUAUGGCCUGCUUAAUUCAAAUCAGCUUGCUAAAUUGCUAUGAUCCCUUACUGAGGCUUUCUAGUGAAUGUGUACCUCUUACCUAAUCAACAUCGUACAUUCAUCUAAUUGGUAGCCCUAUUAUAUAUUGCUUCAAGGAGUUCUAUUCAAUCUGAUACUAGAUGUUCUAGCUAGCUGAAACUUUAAUUUUCUUGUAGUGGAUACAUUACUUCAUACAUGAUGAGGAGUGUGACUUAAUUACCAUAUUCAUGUAGACUUUCCAUAAAAGGCUCAAAUAGGGUUUCAUAUCUUCAAAAAGCUACAUAUACAUGUAUCUGUCACAUUUUUAACCUCAAUUGCAGUAUAAAAUAAUCACACCCUUAUCUUAAAAUGAAAGAGACAACUGGCUGAGUUCUACCUUUUUUUUUUUUUUUUGUGUGUGUGUGUUUCAGGUGGCCUUUUGGUUGGACGUUCUAUGUAUUCUAAAAAUAAGCAUGUUCAACUCAUUACAGCUCAAUUAGAAUAGGCCGGUCAUCCUGCUUGUGGAUAGGAUGUGCCUUACUAAUGCAUUUCUAUUUGUAAGCCUUGCCGCACAAGUGAUUCUACAUUAUGGAAUUGUGAUUGCCAUAGAUACUUUCCUUGUUACUAACCUGUAACAUUAUUUUUUACAUAAGGUGGAGUCUCUCUAACCUUUAAAGUACUGCUUGUGAGAUAAAAAAAUUGUUCAGUCUACAUAUGAUCAACCCUAUUCAUCGUA